UUUUAUUUUACCAGAGCGUAUCAAAGACAAGUGUCCGCUCAAAGGUUUGUUUGACAUGUCAGAGCCAGUAUGGCGUCAUCAUGUGUUCAGUUUCACACAGCCUGCGGUGGAUUCCACUGAAGCUCCAGCCACUGCUGAUAGACAGUGUGAACCACCAUGGCGGAGGCAGGGCAGCCUGAAUCAGAGCAGGACGUCGAGAGCAAGAUUGAAGAAACGCGACAGAGGUUUAAAAACGAGUAUGCUGUAGAUUCCUCUGAUAAAUAUGACCCAAGAGAUGUGGACAAACUCUUCCGAGAUGAUGCGCUGGCUGAAGGCUACCUCACGUGGAGGCAGUUUGUUGUGGAGGACACCUUAAAAAUGAUCGAUGAGAGCUUUCAGUGGAGGAAAGAGUUUACCGUGAAUGACCUCACAGAGAGCAGUAUUCCUCGCUGGAUGUUUGAGAGCGGCGCCGUUUAUCUGCACGGAUACGACAAAGAGGGAAACAAACUCUUCUGGUUCAAAGUAAAGCUUCACGUUAAGGAUGCUAAGACAGUAUUGGAUAAGAAGAGGUACGUGGCGUUCUGGUUGGAGCGCUAUGCCAAACGUGAACCAGGAAUGCCGCUAACGGUUGUGUUUGACAUGUCUGAGUCCGGCCUCGGUAACAUCGAUAUGGACUUUGUGAAGUAUAUCAUUAGUUGCUUCAAAGUGUACUAUCCGAAGUUUCUUUCUAAAAUGAUAAUGUACGACAUGCCUUGGAUCAUGAAUGCUGCCUGGAAAAUCGUGAAGACGUGGUUGGGCCCCGAAGCCAUCAGUAAACUCAAGUUUGUCUCCAAGACUGACAUCCAGACGUAUAUUGACCCCGAACACCUGCCACCGCACAUGGGCGGGACGGACCAGUUCAAAUACAGCUAUCCGCCUCUACCGGACGAUGACUUCCAGUCUCCGAUCUGUGAGAAUGGUCCAAUCGUCAGUGAAGACGAGAGCGACAUCAAAGAUCUCGAAUCCGAAUCCAAAGAGACCCUCGAGUCGAGUUUCAACGCUGAGCAAACAAUCAAACCCAAAAAGGUAAAUUUUCACGAGGACAGUCUGAAGUCAGAAGAUCUUGACAGAGGAGACGGGUCUGUUCUACUGAGGGGGGCGAGAAAACCAACGACCACUUUUAAGGGCACUUUACUGCACAUCAGUCCAGCAGAAGAGCUCAGCUUUGGUGCUAAAGAAACAGAGAAGAAAUGUUUGAUCAUCCUCAACAAUGUCACCAAGAAUCAUGUGGCUUUUAAGGUUCGGACAACAGCUCCAGAAAAAUACCGUGUUAAACCCAGUAACAGCAGCUGUGAGCCUGGAGCCAGUGUGGACAUCAUAGUUUCACUACAUGGAGGGUUCCAGGCGUCACCACAGGACCGGUUCCUCGUCAUGGCAGCAGAGAUGGAGUCGAGCACCGGAGCUGCAAUCCCUGAUUUGGCUCAGUUCUGGAAAGACGUUUCCAAACCCAAAAUCAUGGAGCACCGGCUACGUUGUCACGUUCUAGAGAGUACCAAGUCUGUUCUUGGUAAUUCAUUUGAAAGUCCAUCAGUCACACAAACCAAUGAGCAUCAAGACCUGCAGAUGAUGUUGAUGCGAGUGAUGAUGUCUAAUUCCCGUUUGGAGCAGAAACUGGAGACGUGUCUUUGGGUGCAGAACGUUCUUGUGGUUCUGGUGUCAUUUCUAUUGGCCAUCAGCUUUGCCACGGCAUACUCAUUGUGGACUUCAUGAACCACGAUAAAGACUGAAGCACUGAGCUGCGCGACCGGUUUAACGUCAGGACACUUUAGCGACGCUUUGGAACACGGAUUUACUCAGAACAUGGACGCUUGCUAGGUGAACUUUUACACGUUCUGCUCUGGUCCAAAUCUACACCAGGCACACAAACACUCUACAUGUGUAAAGCAAAAAGCUCAAUGCUAAAUAAUGUGUUUUUAUCAGUCGUCACCAAAAUAAAUGAAGGUUUAAUUUAUAAAACAUGUUGUGUAGAAAUUCUUAAGAUUAUGCAAUUGUAAUUAACUUGAUUUUAACAUAGUAUUUUAUUUUUAUUUUUUUUUAAGUAUGAAUGCGUGAACAAUAAAAUUAUACUUUUUAUUACACA